AUGAGCGCACGAGGCGGGGCGAGCUGGAGCAGUACAUACAGCAAACAGUAUGGCAAAGACCGCUGGAGUAAUUUGCUUCAAGCUCUUUCUGAACCUCCCAAUCAACUGGCUUUUGUAGCCCCAAACAUAUCCCACAGCGCUCUUCGUUACCUUUUGAGAAAACAGCGACUCGUUCCGUGCAUAAUCCCCAACUGCCUCACCUGCUCGGAUAAUGCACCGGUUAAGGAGAAUGACGCAUUUAACACGAAUACAGCAGCUACAGUUCGUGGGUCUCAAACAACGGCAGCGCCUACUGACUGCAACGCCAGUGACGGGCCCUUUUCAGUUCCGCCCGACUCUACAGCUGAGGCCAGCAGCUGCCCUGCACUACAUGAAAACAACACUGAAAGCGUAGCCAUUGUCGAUGACGACCACGUAAUAGAGGAGGCGAGGACCAAAACGUACUUCCUGGACGGUGCUUCGGCUCUCGCCGCCUUUGUCCUUGAAGCGCGUCCUGGCGAGGUCGUGCUUGACAUGUGCGCAGCACCAGGGGGUAAAUCCUUGAUUAUUUCGAGCAUGAUGUCACAAGCAAAGCUUCCAUCAUACAUCAUCGGGAACAACAGUAUGUCAUAUGAGAUCGACAGCAUUGACAACGAUGACGAAGCGGGGGGCCUGUUGGUAUGUAACGAUGCUAGCCGAGACCGACUUGCGCGGUUGCAGGCAACACUUACGAAGUUCCUGCCGCCGUAUGCCACUGCAGGGCAACGGCUACAGUUUAGCUGCGCAGAUGUUUGCAAGGGAGGUGCAUUUGAACGCUUCGCACCAUAUGACAGGAUUCUGCUAGACGCCCCUUGCUCGUCUGAUAGACAUCUCCUCCGCAAGGGAGGAUCCGCAGUUGCCAAGUGGUCGCAGGGCACUCCAAAGGCCCACGCAGAAAGGCAACUUAAAAUGCUACUUAUUGCGUCGAAGCUUUUGAAGAAAAAUGGCAUUCUUUUGUAUACUACGUGCUCGCUGUCUGAACUUGAAAAUGAUGGCGUCAUUGAUAAAUUUCUGAAAAAGGCAAAAGGGAACGUGAAGACGCUGCCACUAUUUGAUGGGGAAUGGCCUGCGGAAGUCAGACUAGAGGGCGCUACAGCGAAUCAAGACGAGACGACGCACGAAAAUGCAGGACGGAAAAGUGGCUCUGCAUUAUUUUCGAUUGAGAAGCUUAAGCAUGGUUAUGCAAUGCUUCCAGACGUGUCAAGAUUCGGGCCCAUGUACUUCUGCAGGAUGCAGAUCCUGGGGCACUGA